AUGCAAAGUCAACAACAGAAUGCUCCGAAAUUGGAGAUUGCUCGAAGGCCAAAAGAACCACCUACAAUAGGCAAAAUUAUUGAAAUAGAAUCAAAUUUUCGGAAAGUUAAAUUUGAUUAUCCUAAAAUUUAUAGCUACACUUUUGAAGUCUCAAAUCAAGAGCAACAAGUUUUAGAAAAUUAUAAAAUAUUAUUUGAAGUUUUUAAUAAAUUGCGUGAAGACAAUGAAUUCGAUGAAAAGCAAUACACUGCUUCUCUUAAGUAUAGUGCUGAUAUCGAUUUUAGUCCGUUGAAAAAAUUUAUUGAAGAUGAAAAUUAUCACCUUUUAAAUAGUGAACUCCUAAAUCUUUUGCGCGUACUUAAUAUUUAUCUCAAUUUUGAAGCCCGCACAAAAAAAAAUAUUUUGACACGUGGCAAAGGAACCUUUCCAAUCCCUGAAAGACCUAAAAUUGUACGUCGUAAUCUUGGGCUUAUACAUGGAUUCUAUCAAAGCGUUCGUAUAGGAUGGGAUCAAUUACUUGUCAAUACUGAUGUAUGCACCGCAAUUUAUAAUAAUAAAUGGAAAAAGUUGGUUAGUUUGGAUAAUAUCAACCCACUUGUACUACGAGAGGAAAUGACUAAGGAGAUGAUUAUAAAGUCUGUAAUUAAACCUAAAGAGAGGUUUGAUAAAAUUGAUAAAGGCAUUAAAGAAGUGUACAAACAUGAAAGUGAUAAAGGGUUAAGAUCUAUUCAAUUCAAUAUCGAUAAUAAUAAUGGAUUCAUAAAAUUAAAAGCCAUGAUGAUUAAUAAUACAAAUGUCAUUACUGAAAAGGGUGAAUGGGAAACUAUUAAAUUUAACAAGGGUGCUGACCUAUAUAAUUGGUCCGUGGUUUGUUUUGCUCCAGAAAUAAAUGAGUCAGCAAUCGAACCUGCAAUUAGACAAUUAAAAGAAAUACUAAUUUCAAAAGGAUUAAAUCUCCUGGAUGGAAGAACUAAAAGACUUGUAAACAAUCUAAAAAGUAUUCUGAGUAAUGUGGCGUUAAAAAUAAAUGGCAAACUCGAUGGUAAAAAUUCACGUUUAGCCGAUAAUUUGCUUGACUUCAAGGCCGAAAGAGAUGAUAAAUUAAAAGGCCGACCUAGCGUUGCUGCAGUAUGUGGAUCAAUGGAUGAUACUGUAACAGACUAUGCUUGCCGUUAUCGUAUGAAUGAAAAGCUAAGACAUGACGUUGAUAUUAUCGAAAAACUUAACGACAUGGUUAUAGAAUUACUUGAGCAACAUGAAAUCAAACAAACCAACCUUCCGGAUCAAAUCGUCUUCUAUCGUGAUGGUGUUGGAGAAACACAGUUUGAUACUGUUAUAAGUGAGGAAUUAGAACCCUUGCUUGAUACUCUUGAAAAUCAUUAUAAAUCUAAAGAUCUGCCGACGCCAAAAUUAACAUUUAUCAUUAUACAAAAACGACAUCAUGCUAGUUAUGCUCAUAACAUUGCGAACCUUGCUAGAUAUUUUGUUGAAUACAAGCCGAUUGAAGAAAGUCAGGAAAAUCAGGGGAAUCAAGGAGGUCGUGGAGGCCGCCGUGGAGGUCGAGGAGGUCAAGGAAAUAGAGAAAAUCUAGAAGGAAAUCGUGAUGAUAGAAGAAAUCGUGAUGACAAUAAUUUAAGACCUCCUCGACCUGAAUAUGUUCAGGAUGGAAAAACGCUCAUCGCCGACUCGAAAAUUGAAAAUGAAAAAUUUUUUCUCUAG